CUCAGGAGCAGCCAAGUCCCUCCUCUUAGAGGAAGAAAACCAAACCUGCACCAAAUAUCCUGCCUCUCUUCCUGCUUCUCCAAAGCUAGUAAACAGGUUCCAACCAGCAUGGCAACUCUCCUACGCAGACUGGCAGGGCCCAUGUGCUCGUCGAGGCGGUGGCUGGGAGUGAUUCGGCAGGAAACGCAGGGUGGGACUUCCCAUCGCGUCCCCCGGAAUGAACCGGGACUGCUGCCCGGUGGCGGUCGCCCUCUGACGGCGCACAGCCGCAGGCAGCACACGGUGGCAGGUCCGGGGACGUUAGAGGUGGAGAUAAAGCGGCUCGAGGGGGAAGACACUGGGAUAGUAGAGGUGUUGAUGUGCCGACACAAGGCAAAAAACGCUCUGGGCCAUAUGUUUGUGUCACAGAUGAGGGAGCUGGUGUUGACUCUGUCCAAUGACUCGGCAGCUCAUGUGGUUGUCUUCAGGAGUUUAGUGCCGGGGGUCUUCUGUGCAGGUGCCGACCUGAAAGAGAGAGCUCAGAUGAACCACCGUCAGUCUGAUCUGUUUGUUCACAGCCUUCGAUCCCUCAUGACUCAGAUAGCAUCGUUGCCCAUGCCAACCAUCGCGGCGAUGGACGGCGUUGCCCUGGGAGGCGGUCUGGAGCUGGCCUUAGCCUGUGACCUCCGCACCGCUGCCUAUUCUGCACAGAUGGGUCUGAUUGAGACGACACGGGGGCUGCUUCCAGGGGCGGGGGGCAGUCAGCGGUUGCCGCGGACAGUCGGCAUCACUCUGGCCAAAGAGCUCAUCUUCACAGGUAAGCGUGUGGGAGGUCAGGCAGCUCUGGAGAUGGGGCUUGUAAAUAGAGCUGUAGAACAGAACCAGACAGGAGACGCUGCCUACAGAGAGGCAUCCAGCCUGGCCAGAGAGAUACUGCCACAGGCUCCUAUUGCUGUGCGGCUGGCAAAAGAGGCAAUUAACCGAGGCAUCGAGGUUGACAUGAGUUCAGCAAUGGCAAUAGAGAGGAUGUGUUACGCUCGGGUCAUCCCCACACGGGACAGACAGGAGGGAAUGGCUGCCUUCAUAGAGAAGAGACCCCCGCGGUACAUUGGGGAAUAAACUCUUUCGCACUAUUGGAUUUCUCU